CUAUAAUAUAUUAACUCUUCUUUGCAGACUGAACAACUGUGAACUCACACAGAAGUGCUGUAAUAUUGUGGCCUCAGCUCUCCAGUCAUCAAACUCACCCCUGAGAGAUCUGGAUCUCAGCUACAAUAACCUGGGAGAUUCAGGAGUGGAACUGCUCUGUGAUGGACUGAUGAGUCCAAACUGUAAACUACAGAGACUGGGACUGAACAGCUGUGACCUCACAGAGGAGUCAUGUGAUAUUGUGGCCUCAGCUCUCCAGUCAUCAAACUCAACCCUGAGAGAUCUGGACCUCAGCUACAAUAAACUGGGAGAUUCAGGAGUGGAGCUGCUCUGUGCUGGACUGAUGAGUCCAAACUGUACACUACAGAGACUGGGGCUGGGUUGGUGUAAUCUCACAGAGGGCUGCUGUGAUGUUCUGGCCUCAGUCCUGCGUUCUCCUCAAUCAGAGCUGAGAGAUCUGGAGCUCAGAGACAACGAGCUGCAGGAUUCAGGAGUGAGAGCGCUCUCUGCUGGACUGGAGGACCCACACUGUAAACUGCAUAGAAUGGGGCUGUCAGGCUGUAGAGUCACACAGAGAGGCUGUGAUUCUCUGGCUUCAGCUCUGUGUUCAAACCCCUCACAUCUGAGAGAGCUGGACCUGAGAUUCAAUCACCCAGGAGACUCAGGAGUGAGAGCGCUGUCUGCUGCUAAACUGGACACACUCACACUGCUGUAAGUACAGAGAGUUUCCACACUGCACCUCACACACACACACCUGAGAGAGCUGGACCUGAGAUACAAUCACCCAGGAGACUCAGGAGUGAGAAUGCUGUCUGCUGCUAAACUGGACACACUCACACUGCUGUAAGUACAGAGAGUUUCCACACUGCACCUCACACACUCACACACACACACACAAAAGGAGUUGGGGCGGGGCAUG